AAAAUAAAAUUACCCAAGAAAACAGCCAGACGAUACCCAGCAUAUGAGCUCUAUCUCUACGGGGAAGGGAACUACGCCAAAGAAAACAAAAAUCUCCUAUUAACUGGAAUUCCAGUUCUCUUUCUUCCUGGGAACGCUGGCAGUUAUAAACAAGUACGUUCUCUUGGCUCCAUUGCACUUAGAAAAGCAGAAGAUGUUGACUUCAAGUAUCAUUUUAAUUUCUUCAGUGUCAAUUUUAAUGAGGAGUUGGUUGCAUUGUAUGGUGGUAGUCUGCAACGACAGACGAAGUUUGUGCAUGAAUGCAUAAAAGUAAUUCUUAAGUUGUACAGGGAUCGAGAAUUUGCACCGACUAGUGUUGCAAUAGUAGGUCAUUCCAUGGGUGGUCUUGUGGCAAGAGCAUUGCUUACUCUGAAGAAUUUUAAGCCUGAACUUAUAAACCUCCUCAUUACACAAGCCACACCUCAUGUUGCACCUGUAAUGCCUUUAGACAAAUAUCUUACUGAUUUUUAUACAGCUGUAAACAAUCAUUGGAUUCUAAAGGCCCAAGAUUUAAGAAAUUUAACUACCCUUUCUGUGGCGGGAGGAUUCAGAGAUUACCAAGUUCGUUCAGGACUGGCUUUUCUACCAAGAUUGAGUCAACAUGACAGUGCCUUAUCUGUUGUGACCUCAGCUGUGCCUAGAGCUUGGGCCUCAACAGACCAUCUCUCCAUAGUGUGGUGCAAAGAAUUGAUCCUGGCUACCGUUAGAGCUUUUUUUGAUCUCAUAGAUGAAAAUACAAAGCAGAUAACUGAAGACCCAAAGAAGAGAAUGUCUGUAUUGAAUCACCACUUUGUGAGACACCCUGCAAAGAUAUUUGAGGAAAAUCCUGACAUUUUUACAGAACUCACAGGAGCUUUCGUGUGGAUUACAGUCAAAGCCUCAAAAUGGACUUAUUCAGCUUACAAUGAUUCUGAUGGAAAAUAUUUCACAUUUCCUCUUGCAAGCCACAGAAAAUCAUGCAGUCAUGUUUACUGUGAAAACAGUAUGUUGGACACAAGUAGCUGGAUUUAUGGCUGUAUGAACAGUAAUUCUUCGAUGUGCCUGGAAGCUACUGAUUUAUCCUGGAGAGCUGAGUUACUUCCAACCACCAAGGUUGUAAUACUGAAACUUCAGGACUAUCCUUCAUUGUCCCACAUUGUCAUUCAGGUACCACCCACAGCUGGCAAUAAGUAUACUUUGGACUGUGAAUUCUUCAAAGAGGAUUCCAGAACAGUACAGCUUCCUGUAACACAUCUUUUUUCACUUGGGCUUUCUUCAAGCAAAAUUCUAUUAAAUUCGACUGGCUUACUUUACAAUGUACAGCUCCAGCAAUUUAACCAAAUAUAUCAAGCUUUCAAAAUUUAUAUAGAGAGCCACUGCCAGUCACUCAAAGAAAGAAAACCUAGUGUUUACAGACUCCAUGUACCCUGGUCACAUGAAGACUCAAUAAUUGUAGCAAAAGUUCCAUCUUUUACUGAGUUUUCCGCAAAACUGCAUAUUGCUCGGCCCCGAAAUGACAGCAGGGUACCAGAGUUAAAUAUUUACUCUUCCUCAGACUGUCAGUAUGAAGUAAUUCUGAAGACAUCAUUUUUACAGAUUCUUGGGCAAAUAGUAAGGUUCCAUGCUGGUGCUCUUCCUGUCUAUGUUGUUUCUAAUAUUCUUCUUACUUAUGGAGGACAACUGAGCACAUUGAUAUCAACAGGCCAGUGUUCAGAAUUUUCCCUUGAACUAGUUAGGACAGCUAAACCCUACAAAGUAGAACCUCUAAUAAGCAUUGUUGUGUUUCUGCAGGGGUUUAACUGGUUUAGAGAGAUAUGGGAAUCACUGUCACUACCAGAGGUGGAUACAGCUGUACUGAGUAGUCAGGAUGCAUGGUUCCCCCUUGUGUCCCUGAUUCUAUUUCUUUUUGGGACAGGCAUUGCCUACUGGAGUGGAGUAUUUUUCUCUACAUCUCUGCGACUCUUCUCUUCGUUAUGGUUAACUCUGAUUAGACCUACUGUACUUCAAGAAGAUAACAAGUUGAUUACACCCAGAGGACUCUGUGGGGUGUUAUCCCUUGCUUUGGUUAGCUGGACCACUUGCGGUGCAUUUGCUGUAUUCAUUAUGUAUCUUCAGUACUUGUUUAAGCCUGUGCAUGUUUUUAUGACUUUUGUCUUUUAUUUUCAGGAUUCAGACUGCUCAAAAGAAACUUCACGGAACUCCAGUAUACACACAGUCAAAAACCAGAGUUCGAUGGACAGUACCUCAAAACCAACACCAUCUCUUUCCAACAGUACAACAAUUGCUGAAGCUGUUAACAGUCUUAAGAUGCAUGUUACAAUUCUCAGUCUAUUCACAUGGAUUGUGCUGCUCAACUUGCCAUCUUUAAUUUAUUGGUUAAAAAAUCUCAGGUACAAUGUUAGACUCGAUCCUGAUCCAUGUAGAUUUACAGCUAUUAUCCUUGUAUGCAUUUUAGAAAUUCUCAUGAACUCAAGUACUUCUGAAGUGAAAUCAAGUAAACUCUUGAAGAUCGCAGCCAAAGUUCCACUCCCUUUAUCUGUUGCAAUGUUGGCCUUUGGACGAAUGCAUUUGUACAAAGUACCACACUUUGUAACCUUUUCUCUCCUUCUACAUGUGCUGUGUU